AUGGGUAUCGGAACGUCCGCGUCGCCGGUCUCGGGCACCAUCUUCAUCACCGCCCUCGUCUUCUGCCUCCUAUUGCUCGCGUGGGGACGCAACGCCUUUUCCGACGUCGAGCUACUGCAGAACGUCCUCACGGGCACGUGUGUCGCCGUAAGUGCGGCCAACGACCUCAGCCAGGACUGCAAGGCGCUGCAGCUGUGCGGCUUCCCGCCGCGCUCUGGUUUCGUCGCGCAGCUCAUCGGCGGCCUGGCCGGCUCAAUCGUGGUGCCGUGCGCGCUGUACGUCGCCGACGACGCGUAUGGUCUCGGCACCGAGCGCUUGAUUGCGCCGCAGGGCCAGAUGUUCGCCACGCUGGUCGACGGGCUGCUGCUCGCCGCGAAGGUCCCGUUCAAGCCGGUAGCCGUCGGCAUUGGCAUUGGCGUCGUCGGCGUCCUUGCGGAUUUCCUGGUGUCGCGCGAGAGCAUACAGAUCCCUGCGAUGGCCAUGGCGGUGGGGCUCUACCUCCCUGCAUCUCUCGGCAUGGGCAUCCUUGUCGGCUCCUUGUGUCGAUUCGCGGGCGAGCAGGUCCGCAUGUGCACCAAGAGCUCGAACGAGGCGUUCCUGCGCACGCACGAGUCGAUCCUCGCCGCGUCUGGCCUCAUCACUGGGUCCGCCUUCCUCGACCUCUGCCUCGGCAUCGGGGUGCUGGCCGGCUUCAGCACGGAGCAGCUGAGCCUCUUUACGACCUCGGGCGAGGAAGGGAAGGCGCCGCUCCCCGAGGUGCUCCAAACGGUGCUCGCGAUCAUCGGCAUCGCCGCCCUCGGCGCCAUCUCCUUCUUCAACUCGCUGAACGGCAUCGCGGACCACACAGUCGAGAAUGGCAAGGCGGGGGGCUCGCUGCAGGCGGGGCCGGGAGCGUCGAUGAUGUGA